AUGACAGGCGUGGCGCUGAGCUCGCUGCACAAGUUCCUCCUGUACGGCUUCAUCCGGAAGGACUGCCCUCGCGUGAAGGAAGGGAUAACCCUCGUGGCACAGGCCAUCAGCAGAUGCCACUUCGAGGAGACCGACCCAGAGAGCGACGAGCUGGUGCUGAUGAAGCUCUUGGAGCUCUCCGCGCUGUGCCUGAGGUGCGAAGUGGGAGACUUGCUUACCGACGAGAGCUGCUGGAACAUCUUCGUGGCCUGCUACAACCUCUACCACAUCACCACGGACGACAAGUCGUUCGGGCUCCUCCGGGACACUGCGGGCAACACCCUGGCGCACAUCGUGCUGAUGCUGUUCAGCCGCCCGCGGGUGUCUCGAGCGAGCAAGUCGGCGGCACCCGGCGGGGCAGCAACGGCUGACGCAACAGUAGCGGCGGGCGGCGCCGUCCUCCACGAAACUCUGGGCCAGAAAGCGGGAGCAGAGGCGCGGGACUGUCCACCGACGGAACCAUCAAAAGCCCCCCCGACGCCGGGCGGCGAUAGAGACGGGCUGGCGCAGGCUAGCCCCCCCCCCCCCCCCCCCCCCCGGGUGUGGGGCCCCCGGGCCUCCUCCAAAGGAGGGGACCAAGAAGGGAACCACCACCGCCAAAAAAACCCCUUUGGGGGGGGAAAGGGGGUGGCCCCCCCCCUAAAAAGGGGGGAAGAAGAAGAACCCUGGGCCUCCCCCCACCGAACCCAACAAGAAGGGGCCCGCCCAAGGGUCCAAUAA